GAUAUAGUAAUUAAGUUUCUUAACCUCUUAUAAAAAACCAUUUUCGUUUUAAUAACAAAAUCUGUUAGAUGACAAAAAAAAAAGAAAACAAAAUCUGUUAGAAGACAUCUUAACCAUCAACAUUCCACAUAUUUACUUGACCCAACCACAUCUUACCCGGGUCGCGGAUCUUAGAUCCGGAUCCGUUACGGAUCCCUAAACCAAAAAAAUCGAAAAACCCCCAAUCGACAAAACCUCUUCUCUCUCUUUUCCCUCGACCCUUCAUCUUCUUCUCUCUGUACGUUUCGAUUCUCUCUUCGUGUUCUUCUUCCGCCGUCGCCGUCGCCGUCGCCUCAGCCACCGCAUCUGUCUUCUCUUCUUCCUGAAAUCGACGGUUGAGAUCUCUACUUUUGGUCAGCUAUAAAAUCUUCUGUUAGCUAAACAAGAAGAAAUGGAAGGAAACCGCGAUUUCAGUGAUUCAGUUGACAAAUGUUUCAUUAUGUACGACCCUCUUUUGAAGAUUGAAAAGCUUUUGUUUCUCUUGGACAAUGGUGUAAAACGAACCGGAAUUCUAAAUGAAGCUUGCCGUUUGAUCAAGCUUGGAGACAAUGCGACUCUUCUCAGAAUGGUCAGAACGAAUUACCAAUUGGAUGAUGAUGAUGAUGAUGAUGAUGAUGAUGAUGAUAUGUGGCUCAGACGAGCAAAUGCUCGUUUUUCUCGGAGAAAGAUAAAUCUUGAGUCAGGAUUGGAUGUUACUUCUUGGGGAAAACCAAUACGACGGGAAGAAAGGAGAAAACUUUUCAGCAUGCUUGGAGAACUCCACUAUGAUUACGGGGAUCUCAAUGAAGCUUUUAGGAUUUUUCAUGAAGAACUUGAAUCCUGCACUAUGGAGACACAGGUUAUUGAGUCACAUUUGAAGUUGAUUCUAGUUAGCCUUAAAAGGGGCAAACUAGAAGACGUACUUCAGUGGGUUGAUAAAGUUAGGGAGCGAGGCGGUGGUUCUAUGGAAAGCAUCGUCGCUGCAAAAGUGACAUGUGCCUGUGCAUUAGGGAAUAUGGGACUACAGAGAUACAAAACUGCAGCCCGUGAGUUCUUGGAUGUAAGCUGUGGACUUGGGGAUACAUUCAACGAAGUCAUUCUCCCUCGCGAUGUUGCCAUUUACGGAGGUCUUUGUGCGCUUGCAACAUAUGAUCGAUCCGAAAUCAAGCAAGGAGUCUUAGCCAACAACCAUGCUUGGAGAGUUUUAGGGUUCGCACCAGAAAUAAGGAAGAUUAUCACGGAAUUCCAUAAAGGGCACUAUACCUACUGUCUGAAUUAUCUUCAAAGUAUCAAGCCAAAUCUACUCUUGGACAUUUACGCUUUCAAACAUGUCGAGAGGUUGUUUGAUCAGAUCCGUGAGAAGGCCCUAUUGGAGUAUGCACAACCAUUUGAAUCUCUAAAUUUGGACACCAUGGCACGUGAAUUCAACAGCAGUGUCUCAGGCUUAGAGAAGGAACUUGUCGUGUUGAUCACAGACAACAAGCUACAGGCACUGGUUGAUUCGGACAAGAAAGUCCUUUAUAGAGGAUCUUUCCAGUGAGUACUUGGGAUGGGAAACGAAUCCUAUAAUGAUGUUAAGACUCUGAUAGGUUAUGGACAUGAAGGAGAAGAAAGAAGCUGAUGUGGUUAACGGAGAGAGAGGCUUCAAUUAACGGAAUCGUCGCGAGAUUUUGCUUUGUGUCUUGGAAAAUACGUUGAGUUGUUAGAUUUUUCUCGUUACAUAUCAAUUUAAGAAAGAUUAGAAACCGGUUCAUUCGGGACCAACUUGGUAUUGGUUCGGUUUGGUUUUAAACAAUUUGAUUCGGUUCAGAUUUGAUUUUG